AUGAAAGAUAUGACAAAAAAUUCAGAAAAGCCCGCUCGAGCGACUCGAGAGACCAGGCGAACUUCUCAAAUCAAUUUGAUCUCCACAGAAAUAGACGAAUUGGUAAAAAAAGAGCAAAAGCAAGACGUUGUCAAGAUCAGCCUUCCUAUUGAUAAAUUAGAUAUGGAUAAAGUUGAUCCACGUGUACGUGAAGCAAUUCAUGAAAAAUAUAUCGCCGAAAGAAUCGGAAACGAUAUAUAUCUCAAAUACGAUGGAAUGCACAAACAACGAAUCCAUGUCAAACUGAUUGUUUCAGCUACAAUGCAUAAUCAAGAUUGGACCGCAUUGAUGAAUACAAUAUGCGUAGUUGGACGCGAUGAGUUUCGACCAGACGUUGGUAUCUGGAUUCACAGGCCGACGUUUGGACAACAGGCAGAGCCCAUCGUCAACAAAUGUCCACCACCUGACGUUUGGAUCGAGGCAAGUCAUGUUUUCUACAAUAACCAAGAUCGUGAAAACGCCUUGUCUAAAAUCGCCUUUAUUCAACAAUGUGUGAGUGGUAUCGAAUAUGUCGGAAUUGCCAUCCGCAAAACCAUCAACCCUUUCCGACGAAAUCCAAACUCUGAGAUAACUUCGACCCCUGCAACGCCUCAAAAUCUCCGACCGAAUCGAGCGCCGUAUCUUAUCCAUUGGGAGGCCGAUAACACUAUGACCUACUAUGAAAUAGAUUGGAAUAAACAUAUUGUUCUUAAUUGUGGGUGGAAGUUGGAAUUUAAUCUUAUACUCGAUGUAAUAAGUACUUGA